AUUUGAUAGAGGCAGAGAGGGAAAUGUAUAAUUUUCGUUUGCUUUGCAUAACAUGAUAACUUUACCCAUGUUAUGUUAAUACGGGUGUUAAUACUAGACUAGUAGUAAUAGUAAUAAUGGGCUGCUGCUUACCGUGUCUCGAAGGACAGUCUGAAGAUAUCGGGCAGCCAGAUGAGGAAACAAGGAGAAGGCAAACCGCUGAAGCAGCAGAAAGAAGGCAAAAGGAACUUGAAGGUCGCGGGGUGAAGGAUCCCGAGAAAUUGAAGCAAAAGCAGAAAAGGCGCCAAGAAAUUGAGAACAAAGCACCGCAGGGCGAAGGUGGUGAUAUGCCACUAAAGUGGCAAGUGUAAUUAAAAGCCAAUUGCACUAGGAUAGUGGCCUAUUAUUCUUUUGUACUGUAAAUAGAUGGAACUUGUGUCAAGCUGCGUAUAGAUAAACUUCGGACUACAGGUUUUGCAGUUGUGGAUAUAUAAGGAUCGAAUUUAUAAUAUCUGAAAUGCCAGUAGCAGUGAGAUGUUGGUUUUUCACUGAAUGUUAACGUUUCAUGGCUACACGAGGUGCUGGCUGUUAAACCAAAUGUUCUGUCAUGUUUUAACUAGUCUAAUUAGAGCCCAUUACCAUCUAAUGCUUCACAGAGAAUAAUGGGAAAAUGUGGAGAAUAAUAUAGUUCAUAAUAAAUGUGGUAAAAUUAAGCCAUACACAAAUGUUCAUGCUGAACAUGUGGCCAAAGUCAGAGCAACAUUUUAUAUCAUAGCAUGGUGUAAAUUUUACUACCAUUGACAUACUAUGUAUUUUAUAUUAAAAAAAUAGUUUAGUAAAUAAAUUUUUUAACUUCAUACAUGCUACUAGAUUGAUAACCUUUUAUCAAUCCUUCUUCAAUUAAUAAUGGAAGCAUGCGAACUUUGGCAAAUUUAGCACGAAACAGCAAAAAGACCAGAUAUUUCUCUAAAUUAGUAUUUAUCAUUCCAAAUUGGCAGUUCAUUGGACUUGCAAAUAGCAAGUGCGCAUGCUAGGGAUUAUUAGAAUAAGUGUCAACAUUAAUCAAACAUGCCAUUGUCAGUAAAAUUUUCUGAAUCUAU